CAGAGGGAGGAGAAUCCCAGCUCCCCAAGCCUUGCGAUUGGCCAGAGAAGUCAAGCCCAGCCAGGGAUAAAAGGUGACUGUGAGCAUCUUGCCUGCUUGCCUGCAGCCCAUGUCAACAUGAGCAACCUGGCCUUGUACCGUGGCAUCUACACUGAGGAGCGCUUCCAGCAGCUUUAUGGGACGCCCCCAGAGCCAGAGGGCAGCCUGGCAGGGAUGCUGAAGGGCAAGCUGGCCCAGGGGUGCCGCUGCUCCAGGGCUGCAGCCUUGCACUUGCUCCGAAGCAGGCUUCCCAUUGCAAGCUGGCUGCCCAAGUACCAGCCUAGGAAGUGGCUCCUGGGGGACGUGGUGGCAGGGCUGACCGUGGGCAUUGUGCACAUCCCACAAGGAAUGGCCUUUGCUCUGCUCACCUCAGUAGCACCAGUCUAUGGGCUCUACACUUCAUUCUUCCCUGCCCUGCUGUACAUGCUGUUUGGCACGGGGCGCCAUGUGUCCACAGGCACCUUUGCUGUGGUCAGUCUGAUGACGGGCUCCGUGGUGGAGCGUUUGGUUCCUGAGCCCCUGCAGUCCAAUGGCACCAUCCCUGCAGAAGCAGCUUUGCUGGAGGCGCAGCGCAUUGGCGUGGCGGCCGCUAUGGCCUUCCUUGUCGGGCUGCUCAUGACAGGGAUGUUUACGCUUCACCUGGGCUUCCUUUCCACCUACCUCUCGGAGCCUGUUGUCAAGGCCUUUACCUGUGGUGCUGCUUUGCACGUGGUGGUGUCUCAGCUCCAAAGCCUCCUGGGCUUGCCAUUACCACGUCCCGCUGGCUGCUUCGCCAUCUUCAAGACACUGGCAUCUGUUGUGGAAGCCUUGCCAUUAACCAACACAGCGGAACUGCUCAUCUCAGGCUUCUGCUUGGCUGUGUUGGUGCCCAUCAAAGAGAUCAACAACCGCUACAGGAGUCGGCUGUGGGUCCCCAUCCCGGGAGAGAUCAUCAUGGUACUGCUGGCUACUGGGAUCUGUUUUGCUUCCUCCCUAAACACUCACUAUAAGGUGCAGGUUGUUGGACACCUCCCGGCAGGGUUCCCACAGCCCCAGCUCCCAGCCCUGCAUCUGCUGCCCCAAGUGCUGGGUGACACGGUGGCCCUCACUUUUGUGGCCUACGCCAUCUCGGUGUCAUUGGCCAUGAUCUACGCUGAGAAGCACCACUAUGUCAUUGACCCCAACCAGGAACUGCUGGCUCAUGGCCUCUCAAACCUGGUCUCCUCCCUGUUCACCUGUUUCCCCAGUUCAGCCACGCUGGCUACAACCAACAUCUUGGAAAGUGCUGGUGGACGCACACAGCUCUCUGGCCUCUUCACCAGCGCUGUUGUCCUGGUGGUCUUGCUAUGGAUUGGACCUCUCUUCUACUACUUACCCAAGGCUGUCCUGGCCUGCAUCAAUGUCACCAGCCUUCGGCAGAUGUUUCUGCAGUUCCAGGACCUGCCCGAGCUGUGGAGGAUCAGCCCCAUUGACUUCACGUUGUGGGUGGUCACGUGGCUUUCUGUCGUCGUGCUCAACGUGGACCUUGGCUUGGCGGUGGGGGUUGUGUUCUCCAUGAUGACUGUUGUUUGCCGCACACAGAGGGCUGAGUGCUCAGUUCUGGGCAGGGCAGGGGACACAGAGAUCUACAAGCCUGUCAAGCACAACAGCAAGUGCUUUGAGAUCCCAGGUGUGAAGAUUAUAAGCUACCAGGCUCCCAUCUACUAUGGGAACCGCAGCUUCUUCCGCGACACUCUGAGCCAACUUGUGGGACUCAACCGAGAAGGGGAGAAGCACGAGGACCAAGCUCCAGGCAUCGAGCUCAAGAUGGACAUCAGCACUGUGGAGAGCAAUGUCUCUGUCCUGGACAAAAAGCCUGGCUCAGGCGUGUCAGUACAGGCUGUCAUUCUUGACUGCAGUGGAGUGUCCUUUGUGGACGCAGCUGGAGCCCAUCUACUUAUUCAGGUGUGUGUAGAAUGCCAAAAGGCAGGCAUGCAGAUACAUUUGGCUUCCUGUAAUGCCGGUGUUUUACAGACCUUGAGGUCCUGUGGCCUUCUCCAUCAUCUUCCCCCACAGCAGAUUUUUGUCACUGUUCACGAUGCGGUUUCCAGCCUUCAACAGACUAUGGAAAGUAUGGAGCUGAAGGACCCAACCAUCUGGGUAUAACUGCCUCUGUAUCAAAUCAAUCCAUGCGUACCAGGACAAGGACUAGCUGAGAUCACAGAAAUGCUAGAGGCAGCUGGCUGCCUCGGAAACCAACAAGGCCCUGUCUGCUAUAAUGGAGGGCUGUCCUAUCAGGAAUGGACAGAAGAGAAAGGAGGCAGCAGGACAAGACAGAAGCUCCUUCUCUUGCCAAGACCUCUUUGACCAGUUGUGGUCUGUAUUCAUCUACCCCCACACUAAAGGAGGGUUCGAUUUGCACUCAGUCCUAUUCAAUCUCCAUCUCUUCCGGGCCCUUGUCAGAAAGUUUCGAUACACCAACAACCAGAGAUAUAUAUUUUUUUUGUUGAAAAAACCAACACAAAAAAACCUUUAUUCCCUUCCCCAAAUUGUUUCCUUUAUACAGGAAAAAAACGUUUGAAGUAAUCACAGGUAAAGUCAUUGCCAGCAGGAAAGGGACAGUAAGCUCGUAAGAUGAAAGGAACGGAGCAGCCGCAAAACAGCAGGUGGCAUCCAGCUAUGUUUUACUCAAGAGUACACCCAUGGAAAUUAAUGGACCUAACUUCAUCAUGUUCUUUAACUUCAGUGAGUCUACUCUGAGCAAACGUUAGUGGACUUCUACUCAAUGUGAGCGAAAGGGCUGUGCAGCCUGGAGUGAGAGGUCUCAGUAUAGCUGCAGCAGCCCCCACGGCUGGCUGGAUGCAAACAGGACAGGAGGAUGGGGAGGUUGAAAGAUAUUAUUUCAUGCAAAGGCUAACACACACCCCGCUGCCACUGAAGAACUUGCUUGCCAAAUCUAUACCCUAAAGACUGAUAAACUGCCUUUCCCUCCUCAUGUGGUUGGGCAGUAAGGCAACACUGCAGGGCUGUUGGGAGAAAGUCAGAAAUGGGGGUGAUGUUCACCUCCUGGGCAGCUUCCCUCACUGAGGAGGGUUUCUGCUUUUAGUUUUAAUUCUCCUUCACAUCAGUAUAGUUGACUCUUCAGCCUAGUAUCAUGAUCUGGAUUCAUACCGUGUGUACCAAACUAAGCAUUUGCUUGUUUAGGCUGAAUUAGUAACAGGCUGUAAGCUUUCCAGUAAUAGUUCCAAAUCAAUAUGUCAACAUUUUGAAAAUAACUCUUGCUGUAUUUGAAAGUGUUGUGGGGUGGGGGAAUCUGUAGGGGUUGAAUCACUCCCUCGCUUAAUAAAUAAAUAAAUAAAUAAAGUGGCAUGACAGCAAGAGAGAGGACCCAUCUUAUUUACAUAUCAAUAUGUAGGCUAAAACUAAAGGGGCUUCACCUGCCCUACUUUACAUAGGGAGAGCAAGUGAAAGAUUCAGUGCCUUACCUUUUAGCAUGUGAUUCUGCUGAAUGGAUAAACAAAGAUGAGAGACUUGCUUCUGAGUCAACAAUUGUGCUGUAAGUCCCACUAUGCUCAACAGGGCUUACUUCAGUUUUGAA